ACUAUGGAGUAUAUAGUUUUACGGAAAUCAAGAAUUCCAUAAAGAGAUAAGCACUUUCAUAUCGCUCACACUCACAUGGCCUUUUCUAUCUAUGCGUAAGCUCACCAUGACGACACUCGCCGCCGAUGAUCUCCGACGUUAUCUUUUUCUAAUUACCGUUUUGUUCUUCUUCUUCCUAUGUGACCGAUCAUCUCAUGCUCUGAGCACAGACGGUGUUCUUCUCCUCUCUUUCCGUUACUCGAUCGUCGACGAUCCUCUUUCAGUUUUGCGGAGCUGGAGGUUCGAGGACGAGACUCCUUGCUCUUGGCGUGGCGUCACGUGCGAUGUCUCUUCCCGGCACGUGACUGUUCUUUCGCUUCCUAGCUCGAAGCUUUCCGGUACUCUUCCUUCUAAUUUGGGUUCUCUCAGUUCUCUUCAAAGGCUUGAUCUUUCGAACAACUAUAUCAAUGGUUCUUUCCCGGUCUCGCUUCUCAACGCGACGGAGCUUAGGUUUCUUGAUCUGUCGGAUAAUCACAUCUCCGGCGAGUUACCGGCGAGUUUUGGCGCGCUUUUGAAUCUCCAGGCGUUGAACCUCUCCGGUAACUCCUUCUUCGGAGAACUGCCGAAGACUUUGGGAUGGAAUACGAACUUAACGGAGAUAUCACUGAAGAACAACCAUAUCUCCGGCGAGAUCCCGGGAGGUUUCAAGUCGACGGAGUAUCUCGACCUGUCGUCGAACUUGAUCAAAGGCUCGUUGCCGUCACAUUUCGGAGGGAAUCGUUUACGCUAUUUCAACGCUUCGUACAACAGAAUCUCCGGCGAGAUUCCGUCAGGUUUCGCCGACGAUAUCCCGGAAUACGCCACCGUAGAUAUCUCUUUCAACCAGCUCACGGGUCAAAUCCCGGGUUUUCGGGUUCUCGGUAACCAAGAAUCCAACUCCUUUUCCGGUAACCCGGGUCUCUGCGGGACAGACCCGGCAAAACACCCUUGCCGUGACGGUGAAGCAACAACAUCUCCACCUCCAUCAUCGCUGACACCAGAUUCUCCUCCGGCAUUAGCUGCUAUACCAAAUACGAUCGGCUUAACCAACAACCCAAUCAGCUCCAAAACCGGUCAGAAACCAAAAUGGGAUCAUAAACCGGUUCUUAUAAUUGGGAUCGUUGUCGGUGACAUUGCCGGUUUAGCUAUCCUCGGGAUUGUGUUUUUCUACAUUUACCAGUCGAGGAAACGGAAGACCGUAACGGCUACGUCAAAAUGGUCCACGUCAUCAACAGAUUCCAAGGUCUCAAAAUGGUACUGUCUACGCAAAACCAUCUACGUCGACGGUGACUGCGAAGACGAAGAAGAGGAAGAAGAAUCCGAUACAUCGGGAUCCGAAGAAGAGAACUCCGUCGGACCAAAUCACCGACGGUCAGGAUUGGACGAUCAAGACAAGAAAGGCACGUUAGUGAAUCUCGACUCAGAGAAAGAGCUCGAGAUCGAAACGCUUCUCAAAGCUUCGGCUUAUAUUUUGGGAGCCACCGGUUCGAGCAUUAUGUAUAAAGCGGUUCUCCAAGACGGAACGGCCGUGGCGGUUAGACGUAUAGCUGAAUGCGGUUUAGACCGGUUUAGAGAUUUCGAAGCUCAGGUUCGGGCCGUGGCUAAACUGGUACAUCCAAACCUGGUACGAAUUCGAGGUUUCUAUUGGGGAUCCGACGAGAAGCUUGUCAUUUACGAUUUUGUCCCUAACGGCAGUCUCGCUAACGCCCGUUACCGGAAAGUGGGCUCCUCUCCUUGUCAUUUACCUUGGGAGGCUCGGCUCAAGAUAGCUAAAGGCAUAGCUCGAGGGCUAACGUACAUACACGACAAGAAGUAUGUGCAUGGGAACCUUAAGCCUAGUAAUAUCCUUUUGGGUUUGGAUAUGGAGCCUAAAGUUGCGGAUUUUGGCCUUGAAAAGCUUUUAAUUGGCGACAUGAGUUAUAGAGCCGGUGGAUCAGCUCCCAUAUUCGGAAGCAAGAGAUCAACAACAUCUCUUGAGUUUGGACCGAGUCCAAGUCCAAGUCCUAGUUCAGUCGGGUUACCUUACAACGCUCCUGAAUCUCUCCGGAGCAUAAAAGCGAAUCCGAAGUGGGACGUGUACUCAUUCGGAGUUAUUCUUCUUGAGUUGCUAACGGGAAAGAUCGUGGUGGUGGACGAGCUUGGACAGGUUAAUGGCCUCGUGAUUGAUGACGGUGAGCGGGCGAUUCGGAUGGCGGACGUUGCUAUACGGGGGGAAUUAGAAGGCAAAGAAGAAGCGGUGUUGGCAUGUUUGAAAAUGGGUCUAGCUUGUGCAUCUCCGAUACCACAGAGAAGGCCUAAUAAUAUCAAAGAGGCGUUACAAGUUCUCGAGAGAUUCCCUCAUUCAUUUUAAUCAACAAUAAUAAUAAGAAAUAUUUCCUGACUGUGUGUAAUUAGGAGUUAGAUUAAUAGGCGAGUUUUUAUGUUCUUAAAAAUUCUCAUGUGGCCUCCUCUGAUUUUAAAUUUAUGUUUGGAUUUAUUAUAUUUAGUGGUGAUAUCUGGUCCAGUCGAGACCUCUCCUC